AUGUCCAUUAUAGUCGACAACGACCCGCUCGAUCAGGUAGAUGGAUCCGCAUCGUUUGAGUUUGGAGCCACAAAAGUGAUGAGUUCCGUUACAGGACCCAUAGAGUCUGCAAGACCAAGAAAUGAGCUCCCAACUAAGGCAUAUUUGGACAUAAAUAUCAGACCGUCUUCCGGAGUACCAUCUACAAGGGAAACACUAUUAGAACACAAAUUGGGCCAGCUUCUUCCCGCCGUGAUAAACUUGGACCAAUACCCGCGCCAAACUAUUCAGAUUGCCGUUCAAGUUUUGAAAAACGGUGAACCGAAAGAUUAUACAGCAAGACAACUCGUUGCAAUAAUAAACUCUGUUUUCGUCGCUCUCAUCAACAGUGGAAUCUCGCUCAAAUCAUCAUUCAUGGCUACAUGUUGUAGUAUCAACACAAAGGGGGAGAUCAAGACCUCUCCAACGUCAUCAGACUUGGCCAACUCUGUUUCUCACUUUGUCGUCGUUUACUCCAUCAAAGAUCAGCAAGUUGACAACCUUUUGUUUUGCGACGGAUUGGGCACCUUCAAACAGAAGCAGCUUUUCGACGUUUUGGACCAUGCCGCAUCUGAAAUACACCUGAGUUUCCAGCAUAUCAGGCAGGUGAUCUCGAGUCACGUGUCGCACAAUUAUAUAUGGAAAGCCUAA